GUGCAGAUUAAGGGAGAGUAAACGGGCGGACGCGGUACGUCGAUCAGAGCUAAACCUGCUCCUUUAACGUAGGAGGACUGAUUACCGCCCGAGCGCCGCGCGCGGACCGCUGUUCAUCUCCACACGACAGAUCGCCAUUGAGCAGAAGAGCAGAUAUAAUAAUUCGUAUGUUUUAUAGUGAGAGGAUGCGCAAGCAGCUGUGAUUCAGAGCCUCCCUGAGGAGGGGUUUUCUCCAUGGCAGGCUGCUGCUGCUGCUGCUGCUGAUGCGGCCUUAGCUGAAGCCACCAUGGCGACGGGGAAAUGGCUAUUGUACGCCGGUCUGUCUCUGUCUCUGGUCGCCUUGUGUUUCCUCACCGUCGCCAUCUCGUCCGACCACUGGUACGAAACGGACGCCAGGAGGUACAAGGAGCGCUGCCGAACUUUCUCGAACCGCCGCAGCGACCCGGGCUUUAUCUACAUCCCGAACCACAGCCUCCCUCUGCGGGCUGCGCGCCCGGAGCUCCGCGGGGAAGAGCGAGCCGAGCCUAGGCGCGGGGCGCCGCGAAACCGGCGGCAUCUGUUCGCCAUGAGCGCCGCGGACGAGUGCAGCAGACGGUACAAUUCCACUAACGUGGGGCUGUGGACCAAAUGCUACAGAUACGGCUUCGACCAGGAUAUUGAGCUCCUCAUUCAGCAAGGUAUAAUUGAGCGCUGCUCCUACAUUAAGUAUUACUACUCUGCAUCAGUGCAGAAGGACUUCUCCUACAACAUUACAAGAACCAUUCAGCAGGAUGACUGGCAUGCCUUGCAUCUUCGGAGGAUGACAGCAGGCUUUAUGGGCAUGGCCUUAUCCAUAAUCCUGUUUGGAUGGACAAUAGGGCUUCUGGGCUGCUGCUGGGAACAGGGCCUGAUGCAUUAUGUGGCUGGGCUUCUUUUCCUCAUGGGAGGUACCUUCUGUAUCAUCGCCCUGUGUACAUGUGUGGCUGGCAUCAACUUUGAAUUGUCCCGCCAGCCACGUUACCUGUUUACUCUACCAGAUGACAUAGGUCACGGUUAUGGCUGGUCCAUGUUCAGUGCCUGGUGUGGCCUGGGUCUGACCCUCAUUGCUGGCUUUUUCUGUACACUGGCACCUUCCAUCCAGCCUCCACCACUUACACGCACAACGUACCCUAAAUCUCGCAUGGAGAAUGGUACAGUGUGCUAAAUGCCAACAGAAAGAAAACAUGGAUGAGCACACACAUGAACUGCAGGUGCACUGCUGAACUUCCUGAAGGGAAGUGAAGGGACUGAUACGUGCACCACAUGCUUCUAUUUGACGACACAUGGCAAGCGUGAACAUUGACAUGAUUGCAGGCUGCCUGUGGCUCUACAUGAAUCUCUGCUGUGUAAAGAAAGGAAAAAAAACCCCUUUGUACAGACAUUGUAUAUAAUCGGUUAACCUGACGUGACAUCGGCACGUCCUUGAUGGAGUGGUUCUCGUUCUUUGUGCAAUAUUUCUUUUUGUUUGAGAAAAGAUUAGAAAGUAUCACUCAAAGCCAUUUGAGCGCACCAAGACCUCAAGGUUACAUAUAUAUCUACCAAAAAUGAUAACUGUCAAUAACAUUAUGUGCUGUUGUUUUGAGUGUGUUCAUUAUUUCAUUAGUCAAUAAAACUAUUGGUUUAAGAAA